CAAAACCGGGUCAGCGUUCACGAAAAAGAAGAAGAAACGGUCUCGUCUCGGACCAUUUCACUCGCACUGCUUACAUAUAUAACCCUCAAAAAUCAAUCUUUAUUUAGAACACUUCUAUUCUCUCUCUCUCUCUUCUUUUUCUCCUUUUCAAUUUUCCCGAGACAGUGAGAAAGAACCAUCAAAUUUCAGUUAAUAUGCGGGCAACAGAGAACAACCAGGGUUCGUUUCUGAACCGAAUUAGUAUACGCCGCAAUCAGAUUGUGUCUAUGGAUGUAAACCAUGAACAAGAGCUCCAAGACCUCGACCUCUUUCAGAAACGUGUCAGUGAUCGAUUCUCUAACCUCUUUUCACCCUCUGAUGAAUCCCCUAUCGCCGGCGCCGGUGAAACUGCCCUCCUCUCUAUCGCCUGGCUUCGGAAGCUUCUCGACGUUUAUCUCUGCUGUGAAGCCGAGUUCAAGGUGCUUCUCUUAAUGGGUCGGGACCCGGCUCAUAUCUCGAAAGCCCCGCUGGAUCGUCUCGUCCCGGAGCUUCUCGACCGUGCAGUCAAAUCUUUGGACAUUUGUAAUGCUGUCACUCAUGGUGUCGAGGCAAUACGGCAUUGCCAGAAGCUCGCGGAGAUCGCUGUUUCGGCUUUGGGUCAGAAGCCGGUCGGAGAUGGUCAAGUCCGGCGAGCCAAGAAGGCUUUGAAUUCAUUGAUUGCGGCCAUGGCGGUCGAGGACAAAGACGGCAUCGGAGGUAAAUUUUCAGACAGAGCUUGGUCUUUUGGGCGAAAAGGAGGGGCGGGAUCCGCCUCGAGUAAGGAUCGAAGCGUCGGGCAAUUCAGGUCUCUCUGGUGGGGAAUGGCUAAAGGGUGGUCGGCGGCGAGGCAGCUUCAAGCAAUGUCAUCCAACUUGGUGGCGCCGCGUGGGGCUGAGUCAACCGGGUUAGCUCAACCGGUUUAUAUAAUGAGCACUGUUAUGAUGUUUACGAUGUGGGCUUUGGUGGCUGCGAUUCCCUGCCAAGAGAGGACUGGUUUGGCGACUCAUUUUCCAAUACCAAGGCAUUUGUCUUGGGCUCAACCCAUGAUCGGAUUACAAGAGAAGAUAGCCGAUGAGUGGAAGAAGAAGGAGAAGAAAGGGUCAUUUGGGUUAUUGGAUGAGAUACAGAAAUUGGAGAAGCUGGGCUUUUCAUUGACGGAAUUUGCCGAGUCUUUUCAGUUUCAAGCAGAGUCUGAUCGGCUCGAAGAGGUGGCGACCCAGGUGGCCGAAUUGGCUGAAACUUGCCAGAAGAUGGAGGAGGGUUUGGUUCCUUUGCAGCAGCAAAUAAGAGAGGUGUUCCAUAAGGUUGUGAGGACUAGAACAGAGGUCCUUGAAGUGUUGGACCAAUCUGGUAAAGUGUCUACCCCCACAAUGUAAAAAUAAUUGAAUAAAAUAUAUGUGUGGUUUAAUGCUUAAUCACUCACUAAUAGUAUUGAGGUAAAACUAAAAUCUUCAUGAUCCCUUGUUCAAAUAUGAUCUUUUGAAUCCUUUUUUUGGUUCAUGAAGACAUGGACUCAUUGAACCUGAAAGGUUGGAUCAUAGUGGUGUGUCCAUAGCGGUGUCAAAAUAUUUUGAUUGAGCUUAUAGCUUAAUUUAACCACUCAGGGUGUGGUGAAGUUUGCUUGAUUUUUUUUUUUCCCUUUUUUUUUAAUCUUAAUGUGAAUUCUUCUCUUUUUGAGUAACUUGUAAUUUUGUUAUUUUGGUUUUUUUGAGUACAUAAACACUCUAAUUAAA